AGGGAGGGAAGCGAUGGAGGGAUCGGCCGCGCCUCGCCUAUCGAUAGCGGCUAGCCCUUUCUGGAAUCCGUCAACAGGCGUUGCGGCACCACCGCGGCGCUGGAAUCUCUCUCGAGUCAACCGAUUCGCGUGGCAAGAACAGUGCUUUCCAGGUCAAGAUCCACGAAUGCGGUGUGUUCUUCGAGGCGCCGGGCAGAGAUUUCGGGAUUCUUGAUCGAUUAGGAGCUGGAAGCGGUAGAAUAGGGGCCGGGAUUGCGGGAAAGAGUGGAAUAUGGGGAGAAAGAUCGCUCAGGGUCUAGCGUUCGUGAUAUUUCUAUGGCUUGCAUUGGCGAGAGCUCAGCAGUUUGGUGGUUUGGCUCCACCGUUGCCGUCUGUGAUUCCUCCGCCUUUCGACCCUGGAUCUCCCUUCUCGCCAGAGCUCCAAGCUAGAGCCCUUCUCAGAAAUAGGACACAGCAGCUCACAGACGAAGUGGCAUCGAAGUUUAGCUUUUGCAUCGUCAAUGGUAACGAAGAUAGAGAUUUAGCUUUCGACUACACAGACGAUUCCUUUAUCAGAGACUGCGCAAACGGUGGGAGUCUCUUGACCCGGCUCUGCGGCAGGGCGGAGAUUGAGUUGUAUUUUAAAUCGCUCCAAAGCACCGGUCACGCUGUCGAACAAAACUUGAACUGCAAUGUCUCGAAUUGGUCGGAUGGGUGCGAGGCUGGAUGGGCCAGUAGCGUGUCCCAAACCGAAAUCCCAGACGAGAUUUCGGUUCGGAACUUAAACCCUCAGCCGUGCUGCGAUGGAUUCUUCUGUCCUCGAGGACUCAGCUGCAUGAUUCCUUGCCCGUUGGGAGCUUAUUGUCCAAGAGCGAUUUUCAACGAGACCAGCGGCAACUGUGAUCCAUAUGGUUAUGGUCGAAGUCCUAAUGUCGUGUGUGGAGGAGCGGAUAGAUGGGCCGAUGUAACCAGUUCUCCCGGAGUAUACUGUGAGCCGGGUCAAUAUUGUCCUUCACCUGUAUUGACGCAGUCAUGCACAAGCGGGAACUACUGUAGGGAAGGCGCCACUUCUCCAAAACGAUGUUACAAGUUUACGUCCUGCAAGACGGGAUCGGACCGCCAAAAUUUACGCGUCUAUGGCGCAUUGUUUAUAACUAUCCUUGCCAUGUCGCUGGUUCUCGUUUACAGUUGCUCGGACCAAGUCAUGAACUUUCGAGAUAAACGAAAGUCUAAAGCUCGUGAGAAAGCUGCACGCCAAGCUCGAGAGCAUGUCUCUGCGAUGGAGCGCUGGAAAGUUACGAAAGAAGUAUCCAAGAGAGCCAAGACAUUCAGUUCCAAGUUCAGCAGAACGUUCUCGCGGAAGCGAGUGAAAAGUUCGGAAGAGAUACAGGAGCUGACGCCUAUGGGGUUUUCCAAGUCCCAUGACCAGGAACACGUAGUAAUGCAGGCAAGUCCCACGGGCACUCAUCCUCCACAGCUAGCAAUGCCUCCAAUGGCGUACGCUGCUAAACAUGGCGGGGUACACAUGGACAAGAGCAGCGAUACUGAGAGCCAGAUUUUCGGCUACGCUUUCAGGCAGAUUGAGCAGGAGAAAGCAACCGACUUCAUCAAAGAGUCCACCGCUAACAUGGUAGCCGACGGCGGCAGGAAGCGGCCACUCAUAGAACUUCGAUUUGAGAAUCUUACGAUGGUUCUCAAGAAAACCGGGAAGAGGAUUUUGUCGAAUGUUACUGGAAAGCUGACGCCUGGAGACAUCACGGCAAUCAUGGGACCAUCCGGAGCAGGGAAGACAACAUUUUUAAAUGCGGUCGCUGGCAAAGCCGCAAGUGAGUGUAACACCACCGGGCACAUGUACAUUAAUGGGAAGCAGGGGUCGAUACGAUCGUACAGGAAAAUCAUUGGAUUCGUCCCUCAAGAUGAUAUUGUUCAUGGAAGUUUGACGGUGGAAGAGAAUCUCGUCUUUAGCUCGAAAUACAGGCUCAGUGUUGAUUUGCCCAAACGUGAGCGAGUUCUACUAGUCGAAAGAAUUAUUUCUUCACUGGGGCUGGGUCCGAUUCGAGAUUCCUUGGUUGGCACUGUUGAAAAGCGUGGAAUCUCUGGAGGACAAAGGAAAAGAGUCAAUGUGGGACUCGAGAUGGUCAUGGAGCCUUCACUUCUAAUCCUCGACGAGCCUACUUCUGGAUUGGACAGUACAUCCUCACGGUUGGUGGUACAAGCUUUGCGAAGAGAAGCUAUGUUAGGAGUCAAUGUGGUGGUGGUUCUUCAUCAGCCGAGUUAUGGACUGUUCAUGAUGUUCGACUACGUGAUGUUUUUGGCUAAAGGUGGUCGGACCGCUUACUUGGGGCCAGUUGCCGAUGUUGAGAGCUACUUCAUAUCUCUUGGGGUUGUUGUUCCAGAACGGAUUAAUCCUCCAGAUCACUACAUGGAUCUUCUCGAAGGGGUAGUGAAGCCUGAAGGGAACCCCACGUUUGACCCUUCGAUGCUCCCAAUUAUUUGGAUGCAACACGAGGGGCAUCCAAUACCUGACGAACUUAAAGAGAUGGCCGCUGUUGCUGAAAGUGACUUCAGUAUCGUUUCUCGCAAGAAGCUGGAACAGACGAAAACUUUCAGAGAGGAAGCUUGGCAAGAGCUGAAGGAACCAGUAGUCGUGUGGUGGGAUGGAAUUCGGCAUGCUGUCUUCUCGGUUCCGGAUAUAACAGGUCGAAAGAUACCUGGUUUCUUUUCGCAGUUCAGCCUCAUCUUGGGAAGAGUAUCCAAGCAGCGGUUCCGAGAAGCUAGACUUUUGGUCCAAGAUUACAUUAUCUUGUUUCUUGCCGGUAUUUGCGUGGGGCUACUCGCAGACGCCAAAGACCAAGCUCUAGGGGCAAACGGAUAUCCUUAUUCUAUCAUUGCUCUCUCUCUCCUGUGUAUGAUAUCAGCUCUUAGAACGUUCUCCGCCGAUAAACUCCAGUUCUGGCGGGAGAGUGCUUCCGGGAUAAACCGGGUAGCGUUUUUUCUUGCCAAGGAUACCGUGGAUCACUUCAACACAGUCGUCAAGCCAUUCGUCUAUUUAUCCAUGUUUUAUUUCUUCUGCAACCCGAGGUCAACAUUCAUUUCCAACUACAUCAUCACCUUGGCAUUUAUUUACUGCAUCACUGGGAUCGCAUACGUCUUUGCGAUUCUCAUGCAACCAUCGACAGCUCAACUGUGCUGCGUGUUCUUCCCAGUUGUAUCAACGCUGGUAGCCACAAGAACAGGCGCAACAGGAAUCCUUAAAGUUCUCAUCCAAGGCAGCUAUGCCCGGUGGGCGCUCGAGGCGUACGUUGUUGCAAACGCACAAAGGUACUCUGGAGUAUGGCUGAUAACUCGAUGCGGAGCUCUGGCGAGAUCAGGGUACGACCUCAAUCACUUCAACCUCUGCGUGGCCGUGCUCAUCGCAUACGGCAUUGGAGCGCGAGCGGUGGCACUUCUCAGCUUGUUCUUCAGCAACAGAAAGAAGCAGCGGUGAUGAUCCCAGGGAUUUUUCUUGUCUCCUUUUUUCCACACUUUGGAUCGUCCUCCCUGCGAUGGAGUGAGCCAGUGCUCCUCCAUCCCCUUUUCCAAAAUGUACAGACAUAUAUACAGUCAAGAGUUUUAUAAACAAUAACAACAGACAGAUCUUAUCCCGA